ACAAUAUCACCAGCCCAUGCUCGUGUGUUGCGCGACAGCAACAGCCCAAGCUCCUCCAUGUCAGCUCCUCCCGAUCAAGCGACGGUCGAUGCCCCGCCUAAGCGCAAUGGCACGACAACCUCUGCGCUGCUCGAGAAGUACGCGAAGCAGAAGGAGAGGAUAAAAACAAAGACAGGCCCUCCAGGCGGAUUCGACCCCACGCCUCUGCCAGACGCGCCGCCUGGCUACACUGUCAAGUUCACCUUCUAUCGCGCCUUCCACCUCCCCAUUGCCGAUCUGCAUCUCCACUCCUCAGACCCCUUCAUCCAUGCGACAUUGUUGCAUGCCGCGCCGACAAGACACAAGGAAGACCCCGUCUUGACCCGACGAACGCGAACACUGAGGAGAACCACCGAACCAGAAUGGAGGGAAGAGUGGAUUGUGGCCAACGUUCCAGCGUCGGGAUUUGCGCUCAAGUGUCGCCUGUACGACGAGGAUUGGCCAGAUCAUGACGAUAGAUUGGGCAAUGUUACCGUUAGAGUCCCGCAUGUCAGUGAGGACUGGGAAGGAUUUGGACCUGAGGGCAAGAUAUUUGAGGUCAAGAAGCGCUCCGGCAGCCGCAGAGCUUACUUCGUCCACGGCAUCAGGUCGGUAUUCUGCCGCAAUGUCCCACUGACACCAAGAAUGCAGCUUGGGAUCGAGGUGUUGGGAAAGUCGGACCCUCCGCAUGCCCAGGUUUAUACCGUUGGUCCAACCCACUGGGUGAAGCACUACAGCCCAAUGAUUGGGUGGGUAACCGGUGUCAAAGUCAACAAGGACGCGGACAACGACGCGACGUCUUCUAUCCACUCGAAAAAGAGUCGUCGCACAAAGAAGUUUGACUUCCAAGCAAACGAGAUACAACUCGCCGGGCCUGUACCGCCCAAGCUCUACCACCGCUAUGUCGAGUUCCGCCCCAUGAUCGGCCGCAUGUUCUCCUCCAAAGGCUUACGCGGCCGGAUUCUCAAUGCCGUCCUUCACAAACAGCAUCACCGAAUCUACAACUUUGACUCCAGCACCGAAUACGGCAACUUUGAAGCUUGCAGCGAAGAGGCUUCUCUCCAGUUUCUCAAGAUGGUCCACUUUGACGAAGGCGGCCGCAUCUUUACAUAUGUCAUUACUCUUGACGGCCUGAUGCGCUUCACCGAGACAGGCAAGGAAUUCGGCAUCGAUCUUUUGUCGAAACACUCGAUGCACAGCGACGUGGCCACGUACAUAGCCUGCUCGGGCGAGUUCUUCAUCCGGCGUCUCGCUCACCCGCGCAAGUCACAUCAUCGCCAUCACAGCCACGUCUCCUCGGGCGAAUCCUCGUCUACUCAGCCCCCAACCCCACCGACGCAUCCGCCCAACGAAAACAUUGGCGAUGGGCCCCCCAAGUCACCCCCACCACCCAAGCCUCAGCUUUACCAGCUGAUCAUUGACAAUGACAGCGGGACGUAUCGUCCGGACAAGUCUGUCUUGCCAGAUUUGCAGAAAUUCUUGGAGAGGAAUUUACCUGGGAUGGAGAUCAAGGCUAUGCACUGCGACGAGGAGGAGCUGAAGAAGAUGAAGAAGAUACAGAUGGAGAUCAAGAAGAAGGAGGGUCCGGCUGUGAGGAUGGUGCUGAACCGGAGCCCGAGCAACUCGAGUUUUAGCUCGGAUGAUGAGUCGAGAUUGGGGGAUUUGACGAAUUUGGGGGAUGAUGAUGAUGAUGAGGGGGGGGGGUUGGGGUUGAGGAGUAAGAAGGAGAGGGCGUUUGAUCUUGUGCAGGAGCCGCAGAGGUGGAGGGAGGUUAUUGGGUACCCGAAGAAGAGGAAGAUGGGGGACCUGGAAAAGGGGAAGGGGUUGGAUGGGACGGGGGAUGAGGAUGAGAAGGUUGGUGGGAAGGUUAGGGAGGAGGUGGAGGAGGAGGGGGUUAAAGAGGGUGGGGAUGGUAAGGCUGACGGGGAUGUUAAAGGGCAUGGGGGAAAGACAAAGGUUGAUGGGGAUGUGAAGGAUCUUAGUGACUCGAAAGAACAGGACGAGAAGAGGGAGGAAAAGAGCGGCGAUACUGAAGGUAAUGGUAGCGGUAAUGGUAAUGGUGAUGCCGCAAGUUCAGGGGUUGAGACCAAGGCGUGA